GGCUACAUCAAAUUAAACACAGACAACGACGCGACCACGAGAGCACAGUCCAGGGAUUCAGUCAACAUGCCUGUGGCAUCAACCGGCACGGAGCCUGCGGCUGUGCCUCAGGUUCUAGACACCCUGAGCGAUAGCAACAGCUCCACCACUGCCAAUGACCUCGACCUCAUCUUCCUCAAGGGCAUCAUGGAGAGCCCCGUGGAGCCGGAGAAUCCGGGCGAGCCUCGUCUGGAGGCGGUGCGGGACAACAACGUGGAGCUGGUGCAGGACAUCCUGCGGGACCUGAGCCCCUUCACCCACCGCAGCAACACAGUGGCCGAGCUCGCCAGCAUCCUCAACGAGCCACACUUCCAGUCCCUGCUGGAGACUCACGACUCGGUGGCAGCCCAGACGUGUGAGACGCCGCCGUCCAGCCCGUGUGCCUUCAUCGAGGCACCCGUCACCACGUUGCCCCUGGUGCCCGCCGACGCCAUCAGGAUGGUGGGCAUCCGCAAGGUGGCAGGAGAACACCUGGGCGUGACGUUCCGCGUGGAGAAGGGUGAGCUGGUGAUCGCGCGGAUCCUCCACGGGGGCAUGAUCGACCAGCAGGGCCUGCUGCACACGGGCGACAUCAUCAAGGAGGUGAACGGGCGCGAGGUGGACAACGAUCCACGUGUGCUGCAGGAGAUGCUGCAGGAGGCCAGUGGCAGCGUGGUGCUCAAGAUCCUGCCCAGCUACCAGGAGGCCCACCCGCCGCGCCAGGUCUUUGUGAAGUGCCACUAUGACUAUGACCCGGCCAAUGACAACCUGAUCCCCUGUAAGGAGGCCGGCCUCAAGUUUGACUGCGGUGAAAUCCUCCUGAUCGUCAAUCAAGAAGAUGUGAACUGGUGGCAGGCACGGCGUGUGGAGGGAGGAUGCACAGGGCUGAUCCCUAGUCAGCUCCUGGAGGAGAAGAGAAAGGCCUUCGUCAAGACGGACGUGGCGCUCUCAGCAGGUGCGCUGUGCCAUGGGAUAGGGGGGAAGAAGAAGAAGAAGAUGAUGUAUGUGACCACCAGGAACGCAGAGUUUGACAGGCAUGAGUUGCUGAUUUAUGAGGAGGUGGCGAAGGUGCCUCCGUUCCGCAGGAAGACGCUGGUUCUGAUUGGAGCACAGGGGGUGGGUCGCCGCAGCCUCAAGAACAAGCUGCUGGUGUCCGACCCACAGCACUAUGGCACCACCAUCCCUCACACGUCCAGGAAACCCAAGGCUGGCGAGAAGGAGAGCCUGAUGUACGCUUUCACCACACGCAGCAAGAUGGAGGCCGACAUCAAGAAUGGACGCUACCUGGAGUACGGCGAGUACGACGGCAACCUCUACGGCACCAAGAUCGACUCCAUCCACGAGGUGGUGGAGGCCGGCCGCAUCUGCAUCCUGGACGUCAACCCACAGGCUUUAAAGGCUCUGAGGACGUCAGAGUUUCUGCCGUAUGUCGUGUUCUUCGAAGCCCCAGAUUUCGAGGUCCUCAAGGCCAUGAACAAGUCAGCCCUUGAGGCCGGUGUGGUGACCAAGCAGCUGACGGAUCUGGAGCUGAAGAGGACUGUGGAGGAGAGUGCCCGGCUCAAGCAGGCAUACGGACACCUCUUCGAUGUCACCAUUGUCAACGAGAACCUGGACGAAACCUACCGCACUCUCAAAUCCUCGCUGCAGAAGCUGAAUGGAACUCAACAGUGGGUUCCGGUGGGAUGGGUCUUUUAAGGGGUGUGUGUGAGUGAGAGUGAGAGAGAGAGAGUAAGUGUGUGUUAUUUAUUUGGUAUUUUCAUUAUUAUUUUUGGUGACCAAAUAUUUAACAUUCCCAGCCCUGAUAUUUGUGUAUAUGAGAGAGAGAGAGGAGGAGAGGAGGGAGGGAUAAAGAAAGUGAGAGAAAGGAAACAAUGUAACAAAUUGUUUGUAUUUUCUCUCAUGUUCUAUCUCUCUCUCCCCUUUUCUCUCUGUAUGCAUGUGUGUAUUUUAGAAAGUGUGUGUGUGUGUGUGUGUUUGUCAGUAAGAAAGAGCGAGAGAGCGCGCAAGAGAGAUAUGAUGUGUGUACAUGACAGACUUGUAUUAUUUAUGCUGGCAAUAUUUUGACUGUCAUAUUUUUGGAAAAUUGUUUAGAUUGAAACAUAUAGGUUUUUGACAAGAAGGAUAUGAUCACUUAGUGCCAUACUUGAUGUUCUCCCACACACAAAACAAAAAUGCCAACUCUUGCACGCACCUGUGAAGACACAAACCACAUAUGAAAUGUGUUCAUGACGUAUAGGAAUGAUUGUAUUUAUUUGGCUCUAACAAAGGAUGGUACACCAAUGUUUGCCUGAAUAUUGCCUGAUACAUCCCCCAUCGAAACAAUCUCAUCCUCCCUUCCAUCUUCUCCUCACAGUCACACUUGCACCUGUGACAGAUGAAGUGGUGAUGUGUGUUGUCACACAGAUGAUAAUGAGAAAGUGGAGUGGUGUGAAGACACACACCCUUACUGCAGUCUACAUUGACGAUUGAUGGCUGGUGUUUGAGCAUUUGAGUCACAGUGAGCCAUUGAGUCAUGUUGGCAUAGCAAAGUGCAGCCUGGCCAACCUAAAACAGUGCAGAGGAGUUUGAGAUGAUUGUCUCGGCCUGAAAUGUUUUUCAGUGUCUGUGAGAAGCAUAGGCAGCACAGCAGGGAAAUGUGAAAUUACAUCACAAAGGAACGAGGCCAAAUUUUCCAAACGGGCAUAUUACUAUAUUCAAAUGGGAGUUGCAAUAGUUUUACAGUUCUUGGGAUGAGAGUAGAUGAGAUGCCAUAAAAUAUGCACAAAAAUAGAAUAGGCUACUCCUUAUAUGGUUUCCCUCACACACAGACAGGCAAACACACACACACACACACACACACACACACACUCCUUUUUGCAAAUCCGCUGAUCAAUAAAAUACUAUUAGUAACAGGGAGCACAAAACUUUUCAGUAGCAUUCGACCUUCCCUGAAGCGACAAAAGUCAUCCUAUAUGUCCACAGGCUGCUGUCAUCAUCACGAUAUUGCUGUGAUUGGACGCCUUUGUGCUCCCGUCUGUCGUCUUUGGACAAAACUCAGAUUCUCAGAAAACACAUCAUUAUUUCUCUCAAAACACUUACGUCUCUCACUGAGCCAGAAUACACACACUCUCUCUCUCUCUCUCUAUCACUCCCUCUCUCUCUCUCACCUUUCAUGUCCUGCAAAUGGGACACAGUGGAUGCACAUAACCACCUCAUCUAACGGGUCCCUAAGUGUCGCACAGGGAGUCUGGCCCAAAUGGCGACCGAACCAGCUCAAUCAUGGGGGUGAUGCAUCAGUGAAUGUUCUGGCAAAUGGCUGAAACGUCCGCGCUGGUUAGAACCUGACUAACACAGCCAGUCUCACGACUUUCUGAGCACUGGCCAAUGUAAACACACACAUUUCCUGGGUUUGUAAACUCUGAUGUAUUCUCUCGGCCUAAACGGUUCUGCUACGUAGUAACACGUACACUGCCACUUUUCUUUUUCAGUCACCUUCGUUUUUAAACAGUGCUGUGAAACCAGAUAGGAAUUCAGUCUUAUGGGGCUGUAGCUUGUAUCCACUCAAUGUAGGCAUGUAAUAUAAUACUACAACACUGUACUAUACUAUUCAAUACAAUCGAGGAUUUCUGCAGUCGAUAAUAGGGAAUGGCCACAUACAGUAACAGUGCUAUAUUAUAUGCAAUACACAAUAACUCUUACAUUUUGUUAUCGUGAUACGUUCAUAGAAACAGCAUCUGGGGAUUGGAUGAUUUAAGCAGUGCAUUUGAAAUUGCUUGAACUGAGACUUUGUUGGCUUGCUGAGGGGAAAAGAACAUACGUUACGCUAACUGUUAAUCAGAUUCUAUUUUUACAAUGGUGUUUUUGUGUGGGUUAUAUCAGCUCAAGGGCAGUUCAGCCACCAGAUAGAAUAUUUUAUGGUUAUUAUUCAGGAGGGGUUGGAAAACCUUAGCUCACCACAUGCUUGGUGCCAUAAGACAGGGGACAGUACUGUAGGUUUUUGGAUUAGAUGCUUAGAGUUGACACCAUUUGUGUAGAUAGGCAUAGUUAUAUGGACACAUGUUUAAAUUAGUUGAAUCUUGCGCUUGGUAUAUACAAAGGUUGUACAGUAUGUCUGAAGUUGAACGCUCAAGUACUCUUCAUUUGGUGUCUGGAAACAGAACAUUGAAAUGUCUUGUCAGUGUAUCACACGUGGCUGUUUUUCUGUCACAUAUGGUUUUCCUAGCAGUAAUCUCUGUGUAUCCCCACAAUUUGAAUGUAUGGCAUUAGCUUAAAAUCUGCAUGCUGUGAAAGAUCAUUCAGUAUUCAUUUUGGCCAUUGCUGAUAUGCGACACUCCCGCUGAAUUGCUCUACAAGAUGAAGAAGAGAAGGCAUGAGACUGAAUGUUCAUGGUGACAUGAUAUCUGGCAUGUUUAAGAUCGGCCUCAUUUAACUUGGAUGAGAGGUUCUAUAUAUGUAGAGUGCCAUAGAGAAAGUGCCAUAUGUCUGUGCUAAUAUGGGUUCCAGUGGGCCGCUUGUCGGCUCCCUAUAUACUGUAGCCUACGUUGGUGUCUUUUGGUGCAUUUGCACGUGUCUGAAGCAUUUCAUCUUUUUUAAUGCAGCACGGGUCUCAUUAUCUACUUCUCUUUGUGUCAUCCACCGACUGUUCUCACAGAAGUCGUUAUACCGUCACACGGUUUAAUAUUCUUCUGGGACUUUGUUGAUCAUUCCGCAUUCGCUUAGAGUAGAGUUAGUCCAAACCUUUUGAUAGAAAUAACUAGAGAAGUGUUAUUGUGAGCUUCUCGUUCCAUCCACAACAUUUCAACACCUUGGUUGCCUACAAUUACAAUGGACAUACCUUAACAUCUGAGGCUAUUCACCGUACGCGAGUUACUACUGAUUACCAUAUUUUUUGAAUAUUGGCAGCUAUUGAUUGAAUGAGGUCAUUUCUAGAAACACAUUGCCUUUAUUUAAGUCAUUCACAUUUUGUAUACCUAAAGUGAAGGUAACAUACGUGUGUAGUCUACGAUUUUGCUCUGAUAUAUUGUCAGUGUGUGAUUUUAAGCGAUCAAGCUGUACAGAUCAUGAUGUCUAAAAAAUAAACUGUUUCAACAUA